UACUCUCCUCAGUUCUGUUCAGCCCAGUUCUGUUAAUCAUGUUUGCUGCAGCCCUCCUGCUAUGCAUUUGCAUUUGGUUGGUCAUUGUUCUACUCAAAUCUGGGAGGCCGAAGAACUUUCCCCCUGGACCACCUGCUGUGCCAGUACUUGGGAACCUGUUGAACCUGAACCUAGAGAACCCCUUAAAGGACUUUGAGAGGCUGAGGAAGUCUUAUGGAAAUGUUUACAGCCUGUUCCUUGGGCGCAAACCAGUUGUAUUCAUAAAUGGAUUCCACGCCAUUAAAGAGGCUCUAGUGACUAAGGCUGCUGAUUUCUCUGGACGCCCUCGAGACAUAUUUGUCGUUGACGUCACCCAAGGAAAAGGACUAGUUCUAGCAGAUUAUGGCCCUUUUUGGAAGGAACAUCGUCGCUUUGCCCUGAUGACCCUGAGGAACUUUGGUCUGGGCAAGAACACCAUGGAGGACAGGAUUCAUGGAGAGAUACAACACAUCAUCAAAACCCUGGACAACAACAUCGGUAAAUCUAUGAGUCCUCAAGUCAUGUUCCAUAAUGCAGCCUCUAACAUCAUCUGCCAGGUUCUGUUUGGGACACGCUACGAGUACGAUGAUAAGUUCAUCAAAGAGGUUGUUCGUUGCUUCAUGGAGAAUUCAAAGAUAGCUAAUGGACCGUGGAGUGUGGUCUAUGACUCUUAUCCUAUUGUGCGUAAGCUGCCGCUACCUUUUAAAAAGGCUUUCAAGAAUUUUGAGAUUUGUAAAAAUCUUACAAGUAAUUUAGUUAAUGAGCACAAGAAAACCAGAGUCCCGGGAGAUCCAAGAGACUUUCUUGACUGCUACCUGGACGAACUGGAUAAGAGAGGCAGUGAUGCUCCCCCAUUUUCAGAAGAACGACUUAUCUUCAUGACACUCGAUCUUCACUUUGCUGGAACCGACACAACCUCCAACACGCUGCUUACUGGCUUCCUCUACCUCACCACCUACCCAAACAUACAAGAGCGUUGCCAGCAGGAGAUAGACCAGGUGUUACAAGGGAAGGAUCUGGUCAGCUUUGACGACAGACACAACAUGCCCUACAUGCAGGCUGUGGUCCAUGAGGUGCAGAGGGUAGCCAACACUGCUCCACUCAGCGUCUUUCACUGCACAUCCAAAGACACAGAGCUGAUGGGAUAUUCUAUUCCCAAAGGCACAAUGAUUGUUCCUAAUCUCACAUCAGUUCUGAAUGAAGAAGGACAGUGGAAAUUUCCACAUGACUUCAACCCUGAAAACUUCCUUAGCGACCAGGGAGAGUUUGUUAAGCCUGAGGCCUUCAUGCCUUUCUCUACAGGACCACGGAUGUGUCCUGGAGAGGGUCUGGCUCGUAUGGAGCUCUUCCUUAUCAUGGUGACUCUGCUGAAGAAGUUCAAGUUCCUCUGGCCAGAGGAUGCUGGAGAGCCAGACUACACCCCGGAGUUUGGGGUCACCCUGACUCCAAAACCGUACCGCAUGAAGAUCAAACACCGGGAGAUGCAGUAAGACGAACAGCAGGGAUUGAAGAAAGAAGGAGGUGUGCAAAAUGAUACUCAACCAGCAGAUGUCGUUGUUCUGACUGUGUCAAAUCGUGUUUAGCAAUGUGUUGAUUUCAACUUAACUGUCUUAUAGUUGCUCAGUGAUUCAUGAGGCUUCGAUUUCGCCUUCAUGACUCUACCAGCUGCCAACAUUUUAUGUUUUAAAACUAGAUAUGAAACACAAAGACAUCACAUGCAUGUCUCAUACUACCUGUCAAUAUUUUAAUAUUAAUAUAUCCAUGGAGAACUCCACCUAUUACUCCCAAUGAGCCCUUUAAUGACAACUGCAUGCUGAACCACAUGGUAUUGAUUCUAGGGUACUGUAUGUAUGGAAGAUCUGCACCCCCUCCAUUCCUAGAAUAUGGUCUACAGGUGAGGCUGAUUCAAAAUGCACAACUGUGUUUUUGCACCAUUACUUACCCACAAUUUUAUUUUAGACAAACAUACCUAUCGUUUCUGACAUUUAUGUUACAGUAGGUCCACAAAACUUUGUCAUUCAUUUCUCCCCAGUUAGCUGCUGCUUCUGGUCAGUCCCUUCCAAUGCCUUGAUCUAUUCUUUUUUUCACAAUAGGGCAUCCUAAUUCAUACAACAUCCAUCACUUUGCCCUUACUCUGCUGCCCUCUCGGGGUCAAAUUCCCAUGAGGCAACACUGUCAUUCAUUGCUAGCUUCAGGCUAUUGCCCAGUGACCCACACACAAUAAAAUUAACAUAACUGCAAAAACACAAACAAGAAAGAAAACACUAAGCAGGGGAAGCCUUCUCUCCCCUACAAAAAGGGCCAACAGAGAAACACCCAGCUAGCUGGGUUUGUUAACCCUAAAAAUGAAGACUGAGGCUGAUCUGAGAGGGGAUAAAGUGCCUAUACUGCAGGGCAACAUAAAUAAGAUGUCUGCUCUCCUUUGUGUAGUUACAUAGGAAUAAAGAAAAGGACAUAAAUCGUCUCCUGAAAUGAUCAGAUAAACAUCUGCUGUAGUGGAAUUUGUCUUAAUUCAUAAUAAACCCUAUGUGAUGAAACA